AUGGGAACGUCUGUCAAAAGGUACAUCAAAAUGAAUAAUUCAACAUUUAAGCUACCCGAUGUCAAAAAGCUCGUUAUUGAAGGUGUCAAUGAAUGCGGCCCCGAAAAAUGGAAGAACUUCGUCAGUCACGUAGAAGAAAAAAGAUUCUGGGACAUCGACUUUGUCGUGGAGGAAGUUAUGGAAAAUUUAGGUGAUUGUGUGAUGACAAUAACUGGUGACACAUCUUAUUCAGAUUCAGAUUAUUAA